GGGUUAACACAUUAGGGCGGGUCAGACCAGGAAUUCUACACCCUCUGUUCAGUGUGCGGUAGCAAACACACAGGGGAAGAUAUCUCACCUGACUGCAGCUGUCCCAGAGGGAGAAGAGAGGGCUGGAGUGGACGAUGCUGGUUAAGGAAUAUCGGACAUGUAUGCCUCUCACCGUGGAGGAGUACAGGGUGGGUCAGCUCUACAUGAUCAACAGGCACAGCGACCAGGAGAGUGGGGGAGCUGAUGGUGUGGAAGUCAUUACAAACCAGCCCCACACAGACCCACAGCACGGGGUGGGACAGUUCACCCAGAAAAACAUCUACCUGAACAGCAAACUACCUCAAUGGGUCAAAGCGUUUGUUCCAAAUAUUUUCUACAUCAGAGAGAAGGCGUGGAAUUACUACCCCUACACAGUAACAGAAUACACAUGUUCGUUUCUGCCGAAACUCUCCAUCAGAAUUCAAACGAGGUUUGAAGACAAUAAUGGUUCAAACAAUAAUGUAUUUUAUGGAGAAGCCUCACCCACAGAGGAUGUCAGUUUUAUUGAUAUUCUCAGCGACAUUUAUCCUGAACGCUACUACAAAGAGUCGGAGGACCCCAGUCGUUUCCAGUCAGUGAGGACAGGACGUGGACCCCUGACUGCGGGCUGGAGAGAGACGUCAGUGCCGAUAAUGUGCUCCUACAAACUGGUGGCGGUGAAGUUCGAGGUGUACGGGCUCCAGACCAGAGUCGAGCAACUGGUGCAUAAGAAUAUCCGGGAUAUCCUCCUUGUGGGCCAUCGACAGGCCUUUGCCUGGAUUGACGAGUGGAUCGACAUGUCGGUGGAAACUGUGCGUGAGUAUGAGAGGGAGUUACAACAGCAGACAAACCAGAAAAUCUCCUCCGCAGGAUUAUCAGGUCAGAUUAUCUCUACCAAACCCGUGUUCUACCCUGGUGAAGCCUUUUUUGCCCGGAAGCAACAGAACACCGAGCUGUCGUGUUCCAGACUCCGCGUGAACCUCCUGCUCCCCUCCCGCUCUGGUCCUGCGCAGCGCUGGUGUGACAUCGCCGGGAUUGAGGAGUUAGCAAAGGGGUGA